GCAGAACAAUGCCUCCGCGUUCAACAUGACAGCCCACUGUCGCCGAACAUGUUGGAUUUCAUGGACUAUGUCCAAGCGGCAUUUUACCGCACAUCGGGCUGGACCAUCGACAACAGCUAUGCCUCCCUGACCACGACCUCGACGAAUCUCCUUGACUUUCACAUACCCCAAGGUAUUCGCCUACACAUCUCGUCUUUGUCUGCGCCGAACUUUGCAACAAGCUAUACGCUCGGGAGUAGAGGCGUGGUAGAUGGUUCAUUGAGCUUCCUAUACUCAAGUCGCGGGCUACGGGUGACCAGUCGCUCGAGAGAUGUAUAUCUUACCACUCUGGUGAGAGGAUACAGACACCUGAAAGAGCUGCGUGCGCCAGAAUCGAAAGAAGUUUUUCAAAAGCGGAUUGCAGAGGGUUCAGAGAGGAAAGAUGCGUUGCUCUAUGGAAGGCUGUAUCUGCCCGCCAGUACAUUGGAGGCGCUCUACAUUCGUCGCAUGUCUCCAACACGACUACUGCGUUUGAACUGCGUGUCGGAUGGUAGUCUGCCCAAUGGUGGUACCGUGCUUGCAUCGCUGCAGAAUGACUACGGCAAGUAUACGACAGAGUAUUUGUACUCCACGGACUCCUCCUUGAUCGGUUUUCGUGGACUUUACAAUUUCGGCCACGACCCACGAUAUCCUGAUCCACAAUCCGCACAUGUUCGCACGCCCGCCCAUCCUUGGGACCACAGGAGCGGGCGACUGAGUGCAGGCGCGGAAGCGUAUUUCAGCCCGAUCAACAAGAGCGGAGGUGUAAGCACUGGUCUGCGUUUUGCAACCCUGCCAACUCACAGCGGCUUCCCGUACACGAUGGCCUGCACGGUGAACCCUUUGAUGGGGAAUUUAAGCUCCACAUAUGCAGUCAAGGCCGGGCCGAACUUGGCACUUUGCUCGCGAUUCGAUUUCAACGUAUACAGUUACGAGAGCGACGUGGUGGUGGGAGUGGAGUUGUGGCAGAGAAAGCAGCCACCCGCGGAGCUGGAAUGGGCGGUCAAGAAGAUGCGUUCUGGUUGGAUCAAGGCGGAGGACGACGUCACUGGGAUAUUGAAGGCGCGCAUGGACAACCAUGGGAAGGUCGGGCUACUAUGGGAAUGCAGGGUGAAAGAACUGCUAUGCAGCGUCGGUGCUGGCUUCGAUCUGAAGAAGAGAGAAGACAUGCUGGGUAAAGUUGGUCUUGAGAUCAGCUACUCAAGCUGAGGUGGGACGUCAUCACAGACGAGACUGGUCGACUGGUGACCACUAUCCCGCUAAGCGCGAGCCCCUGCAGCGCCCGACAUGAGAUCGCUCGGACGGUCUUUGCUCAACCCGUUAAGAGGGCUUAAUUGUGGCUCCUUCAGAAGAGCCGCAAGGCAGGCCGACGCGGUAUAUGAUGCAAGACUUUCGAUCGAUCAGGCUGCACAGAUGCAAUACUAGGCUACUAGCCAAAAGAAAGUCAUUCGACAGGCUAUCUUCUGCUCCAUUCGCGAGGUUGUCAUUCGAGC